UAAUUAUUCCAUUCAUGGAGAGAAUUAAGGAAAAUAGUCCUAGUAUCCUUUUAUUUCCAUGGUUAGGUUUUGGCCAUGUAAGUCCCUAUUUGGCACUAGCCAAGAAAUUAUCGAAAAUGAAUUUUCACAUAUAUUUUCUUUCAACACCAAUUAUUCUCAAAUCUAUCAAGGAAACCCUAGAUAAAAAAAACUCAUCUUAUAAUAAUCUCUCCAUACAACUUGUUGAAUUUCACUUGCCUUAUUUGCAUGAGUUACCUCCUCAUUACCAUACAACUAAUGACCUCCCUCCCCAUCUUAAUUCCACUCUUAUUCAAGCCUUUCAAAUGGCUUCUUCCAAAUUUCCAAGCAUAAUUGAAACCCUAAAACCUAACUUGAUUAUAUAUGAUGGGUUCCAACCAUGGGUAGCAACUAUGGCUUCAUCAUGCAAUAUUCAUGCUAUUAUGUUUUAUGUUUCUUCAACUUCUGGUCUUGUCUACCUUUACCACCAAUUUCUUCAUGGGACUUCAAACCUUACAUCUUUGCCUUUUUCUUCAUUGUAUCUUCAUGACUAUGAGAUCAAGAAAUUAGAUAUAAAACCAAUAAAACCACGCGAUGAGAAAGCCUUUGCAUACGUGGUACUUAAAUCCUUUGAACAAUCUCACUAUAUUGUUUUUUUGAACACUUGUAGGGAGAUUGAGGGAAAGUAUAUAGAUUAUGUUUCUACCAUAGGAAAGAAGGAGUUGAUACCAAUUGGACCACUUAUUCGCGAGGCGACCAUAGGUGAGGAGGAGGAUUGGGGGACAAUUCAAUCAUGGCUAGACAAGAAGGAUCAACUAUCAUGUGUUUAUGUAUCAUUUGGAAGUGAAAGCUUCUUGUCAAAGCAAGAAAUCGAAGAGAUAGCAAAAGGGCUUGAGCUAAGCAAAGUUAAUUUUAUUUGGACAAUCAAAUUUCCAAAAGGGGUGAACACAACAAUAGAAGAAAUGGUUCCACAGGGUUUUCUUGAAAGUACAAAGUGGAAAGGGAUGGUUAUUGAAGGAUGGGUACCACAAAGUCAAAUUUUGAACCAUUCAAGCAUUGGAGGUUUCGUUACUCAUUGUGGAUGGAAUUCGAUGUUAGAAAGCAUGAGUUUUGGCAUACCAAUAAUAGCCAUGCCUAUGAAUCAUGAUCAACCAUUGAAUUCAAGAUUAGUGGAGGAACUUGGCAUAGGGGUGGAGAUAUUGAGAGGUGAAAAUGGGAAAAUAAUGAAAGAAGAGGUGGCAAAAGGAAUAAGGAAGGUCGUAGAGGAGAAGACUAGGAUACAAGUGAAUUUGAAGGCAAUGCAAUUGAGUGAGAAGAUAAAAUUGAAAGGGGAGAAAGCUACUGAUGAAGAGGUUAAAAAGUUGUUGAAGCUAUUAUGUUGA